CACAAAUUCCCUCAUAACUUGAUCUUCUUCUUGUAAGAAAAUCUCACUCUCCAAACCUAGCCAAAACCCAAAACUCUCUUCCCCUCCCAACAAAACUUAACCAUUUUCCACACUCUCCCAUUCCUUUAAAACCCGGUCUACGUCCUCAUCCUCGUCCUCGGUCACAACCAUGCCCUAAACGUGUAGAGAUUUGCAGAUUUUUCUAGUUAGGACAUGGGUUGUGCAAGAAAAGUUGCUUUGUCAGUUAGCUUUCUCUGCUUCCUUCUGCUUCUUGUAAUUGUGAGCUUAUCCCACUUCAGUUUUAGGACUAUUAUUACUAUCCCAAUGCAAACUCCCAAGAAGACUAGUAGUCUCCACCUCAAUUUUGUCAGCAAGAGAAGAGUCCCCAAUGGCCCUGAUCCCAUUCACAACAGAAGAGUUGGGACUACAAGACUACCGCCAACAUGAAGAAGAAAGGUGAAUUUGGAGUUCCAUUUCUGUGAAUUGUGAAGUGGGAUGAAAAUGUUACAUAAGUUUAUACUACAUAUUUGUUGUGAUGAGAAAUGUUGGAUCCAUGUAUGAUGAUGAUGAUGGCUACUAUUUCUGGUAAAAAGAGGGCAUAGCUUUUUGCAGGGUGUCUCAAUCACUAUAUUUUGCUUAUCUCCUCAGACAAAGAUUCUUGAUACUUGCUUUGCAUGUCAAAAGAUCAUGCGGGGCAAGGCGUUCCGUGUCGUGUUUCGAUCUCGUAUUAGUUAUGCUCAACGCAGGCUUAAGCAGUCGAGUCGAGGAAAUCCAACUUGUUUGUGAAUUUGUGUCAUGAGAAUUAAGGGGUUGUUUGUAGAAUUAAUUGUUCUAGAACAUGUGUUGGGACAAUUAAAAUAGAAUAAUAGUUAAAAAUUUCUUUUGGACAUGUUUUGAGGUAGCAUGCUCAUGCAAAUAAUGAUGGUAAUGUCUAUAACUUUUGUUUUGAGAUAUUUGGUCGUGUUCCCUAAUAAAGGU